AUGCCCCUUGCAUGGCGGACAAGGGCUGUCAAGUAUGAAGGCCCCAACUGGUAUUUCCUUUGGCCAUCCAUCUGCAGUGCCUGUCAAGACCUUGCAAGAGACCAUGCAACGUUAUGCUCUGCCCAAGCUAUCUCAAGGGACCUCGAAGCGAUCAAGAAAGACGUCGCAAUGCAUUUUUACAUCACGGGCACCUCGUUCCAUCGUGUUAGCCAGUUUCACCUGAAGCGGGCCAUCCAACGGGCAAGGCCGGACAUUGUGCUUCCAAACCGUUUGGCCAACAAGUACCAUGAAGUCAACCAAGCAACAGAUCGUCGACUGGGCGCGCCGGAUACCCAGGACCAAGUGGGGGGGAAUGACGUGCCACGUUACCCGAAUGGAUAUCCAUUCGAGCACCUUGUCAACUUCGUGGACAGCUGUAAAGACGUAGUUCGGAUCAUCCGCAACAAUGGGCGGUUGAAGUCGGCGCUGUCAAGUCUCCAAAAGGCCAACCAUCUCGGUCGCCUAGUGAUGCCUGCACCGACCCGGUGGUGCACACUGCAGCCGUGCUUAGUUUCGCUCCACGAGUCAGAGUCAUUGCUCCAUGACUUGGUCAGUGCCCGGGAUUUCAUUACCGGCUCCGGGGAUCAACGGCUGCGGCGGAUGGUUCUCAACGAGACAGUAACGGCUGUUGACGUUGUUUCAAAGCUGGAGCACUGCAUUUCUAUCUUGUCACCCAUCGACAAAUGGAUCAAGAUCUUUCAAAGUGACCGCGUACCGGUGUCAGAAGUGUUUGAUGCAUUUGUCCACCAGCUGCCACACGCAAUCGUUAACAUCUGGAGUCUGAACCUCCAUGAGACGAAAUACAUUGUGGUCGCCAUCAAGGCUCGCUGGCAGUUUAUGUACGGCGAUGCGCACGGGGUGGGCUACCUGCUAGACCCGCGGUUUGUGGACAGCGGCUUUGACAGCAUGGAAUUCAAGGAAGAAGAGCUGAAGUCGAAGAAGAAGAUCUUCGCCGAGUUUUGGAUGCUUGAUGGCCAAGCGUGGCCACUCCUACGCGAACUAGCACUUCGCGUUUUCAACCUUGAGGCAUCCAGUGCUGCUUCCGAACGUAACUUCUCCAUGGUUCAUCCAGUCCAAGAAGCGAAAUAG